CUAUAAGCUUAAACAUGUAGAGCUUUACACAAUGAUAAGCAUUGUUAUCAUUAAAAUUCUUGAAAAUCUAGAACUUUCCUCAAACAACAAUUAAACAAAGGAUUGAAGGAGAGCUGAGAUAUAUAUAUAUAUAUAUAUGAGAUGAUAAUGGACCAUGAUAACCGAAAAACAAAACCCAAGAAAUGCUAAGAAGAUAAGGAUAUAAAUAUUUCCAAUAUUAUUAAAUAAAAAUAGUGGAAGGAAAAAGAAGAUGUGAACGAAGUGUAAGGGCAUCUUACGUGGGACCCGGACACCGUUUCCUCUCUCAACUCACUCUAGCUCACAUUUUUCACCUCUUUCUCUUUUUGUGUGUCGCGUUGGCACUCUCUCUUCCCUAUCUUUGGCUUGAGGAUAUCAUUAAUACCCUCAUCUCCUUCUGUCUACCUCUUUCACAAUACCUUUUAAUUUUCCUUUCUUCUACACAUAACAACAAUACGAGUCUCUCUCUCAAUCUGUCUGCAAGCUUAUAGGAAGGGUGAAUCAUGAUGACUUUUUGGAGAAGGAGCGUUCACUCCUUUAUGGGUCUCUCUUCAAUCAAUAUUACUGAUCAUAAUAAGGAUCAGAAGCCGCCUCCAAAAUGUUAUGGAGGUCUUCAAGGUCUUGUAAAUGCCACCGGAGACAUUCACCGUCCACCAAAUGUUGUCGAGUCUUCGUCUGUCAAGUCGUCCUCAUCAUCAACCUCGCCGUCACAUAAGGUGGAUGCCAGGGGGAUUGGAUAUUUCGUUGACGAGGACGUUGAUGGGUUGAUGUCGUGCACGGAGAGUUUAGGGUUUGAGAGUUCUUACGAGAGAAGAGUUGAUGAUCAUAACGAUGAAACCGAGCUACUUUGUCCUAAAACGACGUUGUUGUCUUCUUCUUCUUCGAGGAUCAAAUGGAGGCGGAGGAGGAGGUUCGAGGAGAGUAAGUUUCCACCGCCACUUUCUUCGUUGUAUCAAAAUGGACAGCCGAGUUUCUUUCUCCAUCCGGUGAGGAAGGAUGGGAGGUUAGAGUUAACUGAGGUUAGGAUUGAUAGGUCUCGUGUUUUUCAUGCUUUUAGAGAAGAUGGACGGCUGAGAUUGCAUAUUAUUAGAGACGAUAUUCAUGAUGAGGAUGUCGAAGAUGAGCAAGAAAAAGUCGUGGAGGUGGAGGAGGUGGUGGAGGAAGAGAGAGUCGUUGGUGGUGGGGAAUGGAGGUUUGAAGGGUUUAGGAGGUGUCAUCAGAACCCUCACGGUCAUCACAACGAUUAUCAUCAACACCACCACCACCAUAGCUUGUUGGGUGAGGUUAUCUAGUUGAUCUCUUAGUCAUGGGGCGCUUGAAAACGACUUUCUUGUGUGUACGUAUGUAUCUAUUUAUAUAUAUCUCAUUGUUUUCGCAAAAUACAUGGGCAGAAAGAUAGAGACGACAUGUCAUGUCCCGGUCGGGUCGGACCCAAUUUCGGUGCUGGAAACCGGAUCCGGUUUCAUUGUUGAGCGGAUAAUACAAUGAUUAAUUUAAUUGUAGGAGGUAGAGAUAGAGAUUGAGAAAGAUAGUUAAAUGUGGCUUCUGAUUCAAUAGGAAGCAUCAAAAAAGAUUGGAUUCUUUAGAGAUGUUGAGAGGCUGCGUGUGUACGUAGAAAAUUUGUACACUAUGUCCAGUUGUCAUGACAUGUACGUGUUGCAAAAAAAAAAAUAUAUCGUAAUUGAUGUAUUUGGA